GAACAUAAAUGUCGCUUGAUGUAUGAGCAAGAUGCAGCAGUGCUGUGUUAGUCGUGUUCGCAAUGACACCGAGUGACGUACCAGAUGUUGAUUUGCAAUUGCCGUAACCUGAUCUAUUUUUCCAGCCAGAUUAGUACCACGUAAUUCAGGUUUCGAGGCUUAGCAAGGUCUGAUUCUUGUUUCAUGAACUACGUCGAGAAAGCGAGACUACAAUGACGAAAAUAGACGAGCAGAACAAGCUAGUUUGAUUUUUAUUCCGGCAUUUUCAUCUAAGACUAAGCCAGUCAGUGCGACCAUAUUUAUAAUCCCUCUGCCCGACCCGCGCGCUCCCAUUUGCUUCACAGGAGAGAGCUCUACCUCCUCAAGCAUCAGUUGUAAAAAUACCUUGGUUGCACGUCGAACUAUCAAUUUAAUUUCACGCUGAAAGUAGUGAUAGUGUCCUACCUAGAUCUUCAACCAUGGCGGUUAUGAAGAACAUGCCACGCGGCAGCAGCACGCCCGGGCGGAAGAGCGAUGCGAAAAGUGCUGACCAGAAGAAAACACAGACCACGAAAGCCUCGGACAGCAUUCCCAUCGUUGGUGGUUUUUUCUUGCCCAAACGCCAAGUGUAUCGGGCGCUUGCCAUCCUCGCUGCGCUGGUCGCUGCAGUGACCGUGUCCGGGUCUACCAGCGGUGUCAGUUUCACCUUCGCAAAUGCGACCGCGAUUUUCGUGCAGUACCGAUGGCCGAUCCACGUCUUCUGUUUCGCCACCUGGUUCGGGUGCAGCAUGUGGGUUUCGUUUGUCGCCGGACUUGUCAUGUUCCACAACCUGCCUCGGCACGUGUUCGGCAGGCUGCAAGCGGCCCUGUUCCCGCGGUACUUCCAGUAUUCCGCAAUCUUUGUCUAUCGCAAGAAAAAAGUGUUACAGUUACACAUUGUGUUGCAAGACCGGCAACACAGAUAACCUUUCUCAUGCAGGAAAUGCUUGGGAGCCUCGUUUCCUUCCUGUUUUCCGUUUAUGGUCUUCGCAUUGCAAGUUUUCCCUGCCACACAGAGAAAAUUUGUGAUGCAGAAAUUCCAACAAAUGUGUAACUGUAACACUUUUUUCUUGUGAUAUUGUCGCGGCCUGCGUGUUACUCGACCAGGCGAUGCCGUACGUGAUGCCCGCUGCGAGGACGAGUACUUCUAACCAGCUAGGAACUACGCAACUCGGAAAUUUAAUCGGCAUUCUUGCGAUCGUAUUGUUGAACUUGCUGGUGUUCGAACCCAAAACGACCGCCGUGAUGUUUGCGCGGCACAAAGUGGAAGUAAGGUUGGGCACGGGGCACGAGAUCGGCCAACUGCGGCCGAGCGACCCCGAAAAAGCGAACGAUCCCGAGUUGGUGGCGUUGUCGAAAAAGUUUGGAGCGUUGCAUGGCGUUUCGACAACCCUGAACCUCAUCGGCCUCUGCCUCGGAACCUGGCACUGCGUUUGGCUCGGUUCGAGAAUAUAUGCAAUGCAAAAGCAUCUUCGUACUCAAUCAUGCAUUACAAAUUUUUUUCUUAAGGCAAAUUCGCAUCACAAAUUUCAUUUCUCAUGCUGAGGAAAUUUGUAAUGCAUUUAUACGAGUGCGAUACUUUUGCAAUGCAUAGAAUACAGUAGUUAACAAAGGCUAUGCUGAGCAGCAGGCUCAUCUAGAUCCACUACUACUUGGAACAAAGUAGCGGAGUUGUUCUUCUCUCCGUGUAUUCUACCACGAAAACAAAGAGGCUCCUUCGACGUGAAAAGUAUGAAGAAGUGCUGGUGCGUAGAAGUGCUAGGACUAAUAACACUCUACUAUGCUUGUAGCGUACAACUUUGGUUGUGCGGGCGUCAAAAGUAGAAGGUCAAAAAAAAGCAUGCAGGUCACGCAGAGUCAGAGAGCGAUUGUGCAGAAAUAAAAAACGGACGGG